AUGAAACGAAAGUAUAUAUCAGGAUCUGCAAAAAGGGCGGAAAAGAGAAAAAGUAUUCAAAUAGCCACCCAAAAUACAGCUCCUAUAGCCUCAUUCUUUGAAAAAGCUGAAAAUGUUGAAAGUGAUGCUGAAGAUACUCCAUCAACAUCUUCCGUGGCUGAUGAAGCUCAAUUAAGUACAUCAAAUGAAGGUGUAGACAGUGGGAGCAUGAAGAAAAAUGCUGAAACUUCUAAUGAUCAAUUAGGACUUUUCAAUCUGGCCAAUGAAUACCCUACUGACAGAGGGCACUUCCCAUCCUCAAUUGAAGAAGGGGAUUUAAAGAGACUUAUUCUUAGUCAUGGCCCAUGUAAACCUGAUGGACCAUUUACAGUGGAAGACGAACAAGGUAACAUAACAACAAACUUCAGCACAUCAUAUUAUCAAUUCCACAGCAAGAACAAAAUGUGCUUUUGUUAUUCACCAAUAUUAGCAAAACCAUACUGUGAAAAUUGCUGGCUUUUUGCUGAUCGAAAUCAUCCACGUUUUGGGUUGCUAAGUGCAUGGGUAGAUGGAGUUCAGAGCUCAAAAAAGCGAUUGCUAUCUAAGAUAAAGAAACAUGAAAUGAAAACUUAUUGCUCCAUAUUGAAGCAUCUGCUAUAUAUCUUAGAUGUAAAGAAGGGAAGACAAUAAGUGACGAAUCCCAAAAGCAGAACCAACGUGAAACUAAUUUAUGGGUGAACGUUUUGAGAAGGGUUUUGGGUGUAUUUCUUUGUCUGGCCUCGUUAAGUCUUGCUUUGCGAGGACAUGAUGAAAAAGUAGGUGAAGGGCUUGCACAAGGAGGGAAUUUCCUGGGUGUGGUGACACUGUUAAGCGAAUUUGACACUAUUACUAAUGAUGCCAUCUCCUUAUACCUAAGUAUGCAACUCGAUAUAUGAGCCCCAAAAUCCAGAAUGAACUGAUUCUAACAACAUCUCAGCUGCUGCGAAAGUCUUUGGUCACUGAGAUAAAUGAAUGUCCAUUUUGGUCAAUUGUACUGGAUACCACAAGUGACAUAAACAGAGUAGAUCAGCUCAGUGUCACUGCUCGGUGGGUUAAAGUACAAAACGAGAAUGUUACCAUUAAGGAGACUUUCCUUGGUUUUAUAUCUGUGACUGACGGAACAGCGGCCGGCCUCGUAGAAACAACAUGCAAAUAUGUCGAAGAUAUUGGACUUGACAUGGAAAAGCUCCGUGGCCAAGCUUACGACGGGGCGAGUGUCAUGAGUGGUGUUCACAGUGGCGUACAAAAGCUGAUAAAAGAUCGUUCAUCAAAGCCUGUGCCAUUCAUUCAUUGUGCAGCACACAAUCUAAACCUUGUUAUAAAUGAUGCCGUAAAUUCCGUUGUCGAUAACGAUAACUUUUCCGGAGUUAUUCAAUCCAUUUACGUAUUUUUCUCAUCGUCCAUAAAUCGGUCAAGAGAUUUACAGUUGCUCGCUGUUGAUUCGUCCUUGUCUUUAAAAAAGCUCUGCGUUACCAGGUGGUCGUCUAGGGUAGAUUCGGUCCGUGGAGUGCGGGACAGAUUUGUUGACAUUUUGAAGCGACUUACAGUUAUUUCGUUGACCAGCAAGGAUAAAAAAGAACGUGAUGAAGCAGUUGGCAUCAAGAAAAACAUUGCAAAAAUCGACUUUAUCAUAAAUCUAGUUCUCUGGGAGAGAAUUUUGUCAUGUACCAACUCCACAUCAAAGGAACUGCAAUCGAAAAGUGUCGACCUCAGUGCCGCUUCCAGACUUUUAUCCAUUAGUUUGUCAGAACUAAGGUAUUUGCGAAAUUCAUGGGAGUCCGUUCGAAUGACCGCAAAUGCCCUUGCUGCAUGCAUCAUGGGGCAUUCCCAUUGAGUUUGAGAAACGACGUAAGCGUGGGGUAAAACAGUUCUUCGACGAAUUGGCUUCCGAUUCUAGGAUCGUGGAUUCAGAAAGAGCUUUUAAAAUAAACAUCUUUUACAGAACCAUUGAUGUUGCUGUAACACAGAUAGAAGUGCGUUUUAAAGGAAUGCAAAUGGUCACAGAGAAAUUUGAUUUUCUGUUCCCAAGAAACUUCGUCAAACUGGAGGUCGCCGAAAUUAAAGUAGCCACCUCGAACUUACUACGUGUAUAUGGCGAAGACUUUGAUGGCGAUGACCUGGAAAGAGAGGUUCGUUCGUUUCAAGUUGAAUUUCUUGACGAAUUAAAAGCGGAAGACGUUACCUCGGUAUCAAGCAUUCUUGAAAUCAUUUACAAAGCCAGAAUUGCUUCCUCCUUUCCACAGUUAUGCAAAUUGCUAUUGUUAUUCCUAACCAUUCCUGUGAUAGUAGCAUCUGCAGAAAGGUCCUUUUCAAAGCUGAAGAUCAUUAAAUCUUAUCUGAGGAGUUCUAUUGCUCAAGAGCGCCUUGAUGGGUUAACUUUGAUUUCAAUAGAGAACAAAGAAAUAACUCAAACAUUAAAAGAUAAAGUCAUUAAUCAUUUCGCUUUUGUUAAUGCUAGAAGGAAGGACAGAUUUUCUCGAUAA